AUGUCAGAAGAAAAGGAUGAACUCUUGUUUGAAAAGAAGAAGAGUAUCAUUAUUUUAUUAGGAAGAUUACUUUUGAAAUGUGGCUGUCCCUGUCAUCGAGUAGAUGAUACACUUCAGCAUACAUCAGCUUUACUAGAAUUAGAUACAUCCUUUUCAUUUUUACCUGACUCAGUAUUGAUCACAUUUACAAACAGAGAAGAUAAUCAGUCUAUUAUGGUCAAAUCACCUCAAGGUUAUGAUAAUGGCAAAAUUGCAAAAAUAAAUGAUAUCAUGAAUUACUUUCAUAAAGGUGAAAUAGACUUGGAUCAAUGUUUAGUUUUUCUUCAUGAAGUGGCUACUGCUACUCCUACAUGUGGUAUCUGGUCAACCAUUUUAUCUUUCUCAUUUAGUAGUUUUGCUGCUUCAGCUAUGAUGUUUGAUGGUACUUGGAUAGACGCUUGUAUUAGUGGUAUACUAGGAUUAUUAGUAGCUAUCCUUUAUAUCAUGUCAACCUAUUUUCCUAUCUAUUCUCGUGUAUUUGAAAUUUCAGUCUCUGCAUGUGUUGCUAUUAUUACAAAAGCAAUGCAUUCUUAUUGCUGCUUUACAAGUGUUGCUAUGUCUGCUAUACUCAUUUUAUUACCUGGAUAUACAAUGACCGUAGGCGUGAUCGAAUUAUCCGCAAGACAUGUUACAACAGGUAUUGUUCGAUUAGUUUAUGCUGUCUUUUACGCAUUUCAGCUUGCAUAUGGGUUACAAAUAGGAAGUAGUGUCUAUGAUGCUAUUGAUCCUGGCUCUCCUGAUGAUGGUUUCUGUACUCAAGACUCAGUAUCACCUUGGUUUUAUAUCAUCUUAUUACCUAUCCUUAGUAUCACAAUUGCAUUGUCCUAUGGCUCUUCUCCAAAGCAAUGGAUCUCUCAGACUAUUUCAGCCAUCAUUGCCUUUUGUAUAACUUACUUUCUCAAUAAAAUUAUUCCAGAUGGCCAAAUUGUAGGUAGUAUCGCUUCUUUUGCUAUAGGACUUUAUUCAAACUUUGCAUUAAAGGUAACCGGUGAACCACCUAUAGCACCACUCUGUGUUGGUGUGACAUUAUUAGUACCUGGAAGCAUAGGCGUUCGUGCGGCUUAUUCUGUAUUACAUCAACGUAAUGUUGUUGACAGUCUUUUUCCAAUGCAAAUGCUAAGUAUCGCACUCGGACUAUCUGCUGGAUUAUUUGCUGCUUCAAUGAUUGUUUACCCCUCAGGAAAAAAGAAAUCAAUGUAUAUUUCUUUAUAGAACGAGUAAACUUGAUAAUAUUAUUACUUUUUACAUGUUUGCAAUUUUUAUUAUUAUUAUUAUUAUUAAGUUCUAAUCUG